GCAUGUAUUAAGUGAUGCUUUGAUAAUAGAAUCGGUCAUAAUAAUGUUAUAGUGGUCUGAAGAAAUAUUUGCAAAUCCCGAGUAAAGGACGCAGUGAUCUUAGAAGGCAUCUUAUUUCUCAAUAAGGUACGUAUGUUAUAUUAUUAAUAAUUAACAUUUAGGAUAUAAAUUUCAGAUUUUGAAAAACCGUGAGGGGCUUGCCAGCAUAAUUUCCUGAGGCGUUAAUGUUUACAUUAUAAAUACAUUCUACUUUAAUUUCUGUCCGAAUUUCCAGCCGUUAAAAUGGACUUACUCUAUUUUUGAAAUUCCAUACGCCCAUUAUUUACAACUGAGUCACAUUCCUGGGGAAAUGGCUACCAUUACAAUUCGUGGAUAUAUAUCAAAGUCAAAAACACCGGAAAUGUAAAGAAUCCUUGUAUUUGCAUAUUUUUACCUGUUCAGAUUGGCUCGAAUUUCAUAUCUGACUGCUUUCUAAAUAGAUCCUUCCAGUUUAAUCUGUUUACAUAUCAAAACACGAUCGCUUUUCCGCGAUAUUGCUGUGUUCUUCUGGAUGAGGGCGAUUCUCCACAGACAUAACUCCAGUAACAAGAACUAUUAAUAGAUACAUUGUAUCAUAUCAUACAUGUACAUGUACUCUGACAUUCAUGCACUUGAUCAUUAAGUUUAUUUUGGUACAGUACAUUUUUUAAUUGAUUGAAUAUUGUUUUACGUCCCUCUCGAGACAAUAUUUCACUCAUAUGGAGACGUCACCAUUGCCGGUGAAGGGUUGCAAAAUUUAGGCCUAUGCUCGGCGCUUAUGACCAUUGAGCAGGGAGGGAUCUUUAUCGUGCCACACCUGCUGCGACAUGGGACCUCGGUUUUUGCGGUCUCAUCCGAAGGGCUGUCCCAUUUAGUCGCCUCUUACGACAAGCAAGGGGGUGCUGAGGACCUAUUCUAACCCGGAUCCCCACGGAAUUGCGAAUUUCAUUGUACACGUAUAGCACGAACACUGGUGUUUCUAUUAUUUCUAUAUUCCCUUCCGUGUUGUGUUGGGGGACAAAAAUGGGAGCAGGCUACACAAGUACAGUAUAGUUAUAAAGGUACAUUUAGUGGGGUCUCGUUACGAGUGAUAAAAAGACGAAAGGGAGGUAAAUCAACAAAAAAUAAAACAUAGAUAUUGACUUUUUUUUUCCAGUGUGAGCAUUGUGCCUAUAGGAAAUACCAUUUUAAAUUAUUGUAAUUGAACAUGAUUUGCUAUUUUACAAACCUUGGCCAUUAUUCAUUAGCGCCCACCAUAUGACAGGUACCCCAUAGUUAUCCUUGUCAUUGCCUGUCCUUCAACGAGCGAAACAUUUAGUUUCUUUCGGAAGAUUUUCAUGAAUUUUAGACACAAUUUAUAUAUGGAUUAGGUAGAGGUAAACAACAUUCAAUUUUUCAGAAUGGCCUACAUUUUUGCAGUUACUCCCCUUACACCGGAAGUUGGGGGUGCGCUUACGAUUGCGGUCCUAAGCUUCACAUAAAUAGUAUUAACAAAUAGUGUAUAGGAAAGCUUACGUCUCCAAAUUCCUAAUUAUGCCGAGUUUUAACAGGUUGUAUUAUAUCUAUGACACAAACAAGGUUUAAUUUCUUCGAUUUCAUGGAGAAACCCUUUUGAAAUAUGAACUUCGUCAAAUUGUAGAGUUGGGGAGGGGAUGUUACAGGCGUAUUUGACGCUAUUUCUGUCCAAGUUAUAAUGCAGUUAAUAUCAAGAAUUUCAUUAGUAAUCUGUUUUAAAAACAACAGACACCUAGAAUUAAAGCACAAUGAAAGCAUGUGAUAUAAUCAGGCACGUUGCAUCGUUACAAAAAAGGGGGCUGACUUCAUAAUAUUGCUCUAAAAUUCUCGACAUGUGAAAUUGAAAAAAAAAAAACAAAGCUCGAGAGGGAAGGCGGCAGGGUUUGAUCUCUCAGUUCCAUUCAUUGGUUAAAUUUUACUUUUGAUUUUGAAAAAGCAUUUGAUACAAUAUCUUGGGAUUUUUUAAAUCAAACACUAGAUAUAUUUAACUUUGGACCUUCAAUCAAAAGAUGGGUAGUAACUUUCUACAAUGGUAUCAAAUCAUGUGUUACACAAAAUGGCAUACUGUCGGAGUUUCUUUAUCCCAAAAGAGGCUGUAAACAAGGGGACCCAGUAUCUCCAUAUCUCUUUACGUUAUGCGCAGAAAUAUUGGGAAUCUUAAUAAGAAAUGAUAAAUAUAUUAAAGGCAUUGUAAUUGAAGGUGAAGAAUAUAAACUAUCCCACUAUGCUGACGACACCUCUAGAAUUUCAGAUGGGUCACCUGAAUCCAUGGAUGGUAUCUUCAGGGAGCUAGAUUUUUUUUUUUUUUUGCAAACAUUUCUAGAUUAAAAGUAAAUUUUUCAAAAACAAACAUGGUGUGGAAAGGGAGCAAAAAUUUUCAAAAGAUGUAUUUCACCACUCUAGAUGGAAAGUAAUCUGGAACAAUACAACCUUUGAAAUGCUAGGAAUUAAAUUUUCUGUAAACCUCUGGGAAAUGAUUGAUAAUAACUACAUUCCAAAACUAUCGACCAUUCAAAAAUUAAUAGACCCGUGGCAAAGAAGGAAACUAACACCAUUUGGCAGCUUUUGUGGUUUUCAUAUCGAAACAUUAGAACAUCUUUUUUUUAUUGUAUACAAAUAAAGGAGCUAUGGUGUGAUGUUGAACAAUGGGUUUAGGAACAGUUUCAUAUCCUUGUAAAUUUUGACAAGCUCACUGUACUAUUUAAUAAAUACUGUAAUAGACAUAUGUAUAAAGUUCAAAUCUUGAUUUUGCUUAUAGUAAACCAAUAUAUUGUUUCUUGUAAAUAUCACAAAAGUCCUCAAGUACAUAUAUCUGCGACUAGAAAAAUAGUUACGGACAGAAUUGUGAUUGAGAAGUGCUUGCUGCUAAGAAACUGUAGAUAUGAUGAAUAUGAAACUCACUGGCAGAGAAUAUGUGAAAACUUAUGACUAGUAAGUAGGUCUAUAUGUAGUUUUUCAUCAAACAAAUAGGUUUGUGCUUCUUUUUUCCUUUUUUAUUUGUGUGGUUUGAUCAAUAGAUUAUAUCUAGAUAUCUAGAUUUAUUAUAUUUAUCAAAAUCUGUUACCAAGAAAAUAUUACUUAUGUACCCUCUCUCUCUCUCUCUCUCUCUCUCUCUCUCUCUCUCUCUCUCUCUCUCUCUCUCUCUCUCUCUCUCUCUCUUACAUGUAUGUGUGAAGUGAAAAUUUUGUAAAUAAAAAAAUUAUAAAAACAAGUUUUUUACUUUUUCACUAUACCAUUCACAAUGCUGGGUUGUUUUUUUAAAGAGGGGGUGGGGGUUUUGCAGCUUAUCUGUAGAUCGAAAUUUGCAUGUAAUAAUAAAAGGGGACAGACUCAUUGUUGCUACGUGCUUGAUAAUUGUUUUUGUGCUCAUUUAAGUAAUUAAAGUGCAAGUUGAAUGAUUUAAACAAAAUCUAACUUCCAAAAGAUUAAAUCAUCCGCACAAUGCAUCGUUUAAAAAGGGGGUUGACUUCAUAAUAUUGCCUUACAAUUCUUAACAAGUAAUUUUUUUUUUUUUAAAAAUCCAUGUUCUGUUUAUUGACACCUGGUUUACUCUAGCAACAAGAAGUUUUGUUAUGUGAAAUGAUAAAUUGAUAAUAUACAUGUAUGUGUUGGUUGCACAUGUGUUUUAGGCAUAUCUUAUUGCAUGUGUUUUGGUUGUCGAAAAUAGUGAUAAAAAUAAAGAAGAAUUGCUGAUAUACUAAAGACAUCCCGAUUCUGAUAUAAAGAAGUCGAGGACUAGUGAAUAUUUACAUACUUUCUUACAUCAUCACCAUACACUGCUUGCGCGAAAACCACACAAGAGACCCAUACUAGUAUAUGCAAUCUGUAACCAAGCUAUUAUUGUUCAGUUAUAUUAUUUUUAAGUCAUUACACUUAAUUCUUAGAAAAUUUUCUAGACUUGCAAUUCAUUGCAAUCAAAAAUUGAAAGUUUCCAUUAUAUUCCUUAUAUGACACCGUCAAAUGAGGACCGCAAUAUGCUGCGCGCCAUCUGUAAUCAUGGGGAAAUAACUCGCAUAGCAUUGUGAAAAAGAUGAACCGUUGCAUUGUGAUGUGUGCUGUUGUGUUGUUAUUUGAAAUCGAAUACGGACAUGGAGCAACCACAACAACAUCAAACAUUAACACAGCUACUGUAACCACGAUAAACCGAUCAACAACAAAUCAAACAAAUGAACUCACGACAACCGAAUCUACAGAUCUGUCAAUGCUAUCGUCGACAACAUUAUUGAAGACGACAAUUACUGAACCAAUAUCACCGUCAUCAACGUCAGUCAAAGGAUAUUCAACAGAUGCAGUAACAAUAAAAUCCACGCAUAAAAUAAGACAGACAAAUACGACCAAAAAAUCGUCAACGAAAGCGAGUUCAACAAAUCUUUCAACAACACAGAAAAUAACUCCGAGUAAAACGGCUUCAACGACAUCAACACUGUCAACAACAGCAAUAGAACCCACAUCACAAUCAGAUCUUCCAUCACCAUUGUUGCCAUCCACAACUGUUAAGUUCACUUCUAUAACACCAACCCCGUUGAUAUUGCAAACAUCAUCAUCAUCAACGUCAGUUUCAUCAAAAUCAUCGAUAACAAAUACAAAAGCAAAUAUAUCUAUACCGGCAGUGACAAGUAGAAAACCAACAUCACAAUCAAGCCGUUCGUCAAAAACUACAACACAGGUGUCAACAGCAAAGCCGUCAAUAUCAUCAGAAACGUCACUAUCAGCCUCUGCAACGGCAACACCCUCGACAAAGGCAACACCCUCGGCAACAUCAUUAAAUAAACCAAGAUCAACAGAAGAAAAAACUUCAAAACCACUGGCAACGGAAUCAAAAACAUCAUCAACGUCAGAUUCAUCAGAAUCAUCCAUAAGAAAUACAACACGAAAUAUUUCUACACUGACAGUGGCUAGUAGAAAACCAACAUCACAAUCUACAAAUGUGAAUGCAUUAUCAAAACCUACAACACAACCGCUAACAGCAAAGUCGUCAAUAUCAACAGCAACGUCACUAUCAGCCUCUACAACAGCAUUAACUACACCAAAUUCAACAAAAGACAUAACUACAAAAUCAUUGUCAUCAUACAGCGCAUCAACAGGAAAUACGUCAUUACCCUUGUUAAAAACGAUUUCCUCUUCAACGAUUUCCUCUUCAAUAGGACAAUCGUCCUCGAUGUCAACCACGCAAAAUUCAGGAGGAAAUAAAUCUGCCGCUCCAUUUUCAAGAAAGCUGUGGAAACUUUAUGUCUGGGCAUGCAUCAUCCGUGUAGUAGCUUCUAAUUAUGUCUGAGUGAAUCCAAGCAUUUCUAGGAUAAUAUGUCCGGACAAAAUAUAUUAUUUAUAAUGCAUAUCAUUUUUUUUUUUUUUUUUUACUUUUACGCAUGAUAAGAAAUAUCAGAAGCAUCUUGUGUGUGUCUUGACUUCUCUGUGUAUAUACAAUGUACCUUGAUCAUUAUCGCUGUGUAACUUUUAAAGUAAUUUCACCUUCCUAUGACGUCACAAGAUUUGCAAAAUCAAUGAUUUAUCUAGAUUUAUGCAUGAUAGGAACAUAACUUUUGUUUUCCUGAUAGUAACUGUAAAAACACUGUUAACCAUAAAAAAGUUAUUUAUAUAUAUAUGAACAAUCAAUGAUAUGUUUCAAAAUAUUGAAUCCAAUGGCAAUAACUUUGUUUUCAUUGAAGUCCAUUGUGUGAUAGAUUAAUUUCAUUUUUCAGACAUUUUGUAUAAUUUUGUAAUGAAAUAUUUUCAUGAAAUUGUUAUAUCGUUAUAGACAGUUUUUGUGAAAUUUUAAUGAUGCUGUUGAAGGAGAAUUGAAUUUUCUGACGCUGAAAUAUGAUUUUGUAUAUGUAUGUCUAGCGUCUUAAAAUGUGUAGUGACCAAUAUAUUUCAUUUGACAAUUAAUUAGUUUUAACUCUAAUAAAUGGAAAUAAAUACA